AUCCUGGUGAAUGUGAGUGGAGCGCCCGUCCUGUGGCGUGUUGGAGAGGAUGGCUUCCAGCGUUCCUCCUUGGUGGAGGGGACCAUCAUGUGGUUCCAGCAGGCCUCAGAUGGACUGGUGGUCUCUGACCACUCCCUCCCCCUGGGACACAACUACUUCCUCAGUAAGUAGGAAGUACUUCCACAACUACAAUAAUACUGCAAAAACAACAACAAUAUAGAGUCAGGGAGGUGGGGGGGUUAGGCGGGGUGGGAAAUGCAAAAACGCAAAAACUAAAGCAGGAAGCACCAGUGACUCGGUCAAUAAAAAAGUGGUCAGAUGAAGCAGAUGCUAAGCUACAGGAUGGUUUUGCUAGCACAGACUGGAAUAUGUUCCGGGAUUCUUCCGAUGGCAUUGAGGAGUACACCACAUCAGACACUGGCUUCAUCAAUAAGUGCAUCGAUGACGUCGUCCCCACAGUGACUGUACGUAUAUACCCCAACCAGAAGCCAUGGAUUACAGGCAACAUCCGCACUGAGCUAAAGGGUAGAGCUGCCGCUUUCAAAGAGCGGGACUCUAACCCGGAAGCUUAUAAGAAAUCCCACUAUGCCCUCAGACGAACCAUCAAACAGGCAAAGCGUCAAUAAAGGACUAAGAUCGAAUCGUACUACACCAGCUCCGACGCUCGUCAGAUGUGGCAGGGCUUGCAAACUAUUACAGACUACAAAGGGAAGCACAGCUGCGAGCUGCCCAGUGACACAAGCCUACCAGAUGAGCUAAAUUACUUCUAUGCUCUCUUCGAGGCAAGUAACACUGAAACAUGCAUGAGAGCAUCAGCUGUUCCGUAUGACUGUGUGAUCACGCUCUCCGUAGCCGAUGUGAGUAAGACCUUUAAACAUGUCAACAUUCACAAGGCCGCAGGGCCAGACGGAUUACCAGGACGUGUACUCUGAGCAUGCGCUGACCAACUGGCAAGUGUCUUCACUGACAUUUUCAAUCUCUCCCUGUCUGAGUCUGUAAUACCAACGUGUUUCAAGAAGACCCAUGUAUCUCAGUUGGUAGAGCAUGGCGUUUGCAACGCCAGGGUUGUGGGUUCGAUUCCCACGGGGGUCCAGUAUGAAAAUGUAUGCACUCACUAACUGUAAAUCGCUCUGGAUGUAAAAUGUAAAAUGUAAGACCACCAUAGUCCCUAUGCCCAAGAACACUAGGGUAACCUGCCUAAAUGACUACCGACCCGUAGCACUCACGUCUGUAGCCUUGAAGUGCUUUGAAAGGCAGGUCAUGGCUCACAUCAGCACCAUUAUCCCAGAAACCCUAGACCCACUCCAAUUUGCAUAUCGCCCCAACAGAUCCACAGAUGAUGCAAUCUCUAUUGCGCUCUACACUGCCCUUUCACACCUGGGCAAAAUGAACACCUAUGUGAGAAUACUAUUCAUUGACUACAGCUCAGCGUUCAACACCAGAGUGCCCUCAAAGCUCAUCACUGAGCUAAGGUACCUGGGACUAAACACCUCCCUCUGCAACUGGAUCCUGGACUUCCUGAAGGGCCGCCCCCAGGUGGUAAGGGUAGGUAACAACACAUCCGCCACGCUGAUCCUCAACACGGGGGGCCCCUCAGGGGUGCGUGCUCAGUCCCCUCCUGUACUCCCUGUUCAUUCAUGAUUGCAUGGCCAGGCACGACUCCAACACCAUCAUUAUGUUUGACGAUGACACAACAGUGGUAGGCCAGAUCACCGACAACGACGAGAGAGCCUAUAGGGAGGAGGUCAGAGACCUGGCUGUGUGGUGCCAGGACAACAACCUCUCCCUCAACGUGAUCAAGACAAAGGAGAUGAUUGUGGACUACAGGAAAAAGAAAAGGACUGAGCACGCCCCCAUUCUCAUCGAUGGGGCUGUAGUGGAACAGGUUGAGAGCUUCAAGUUCCUUGGUGUUCACAUCACCAACAAACUAACAUGGUCCAAGCACACCAACACAGGUUAUAGGUUAUAGGUUGAGAGCUUUUGUGAAAGAGCACAGUUAGAAAGAUAUGACAUAUAGAAGCAAACCGGAUGGACAUCAUGAAAAUGAUCGGAGAGGUUGAGGGUAGAGGAAGUUCAGGAGUAAAAACAAACAAAAUAGAAUUAUUAAAAUUGAUUGUGUCCAUAAAAUGUAUAUAGUAUGUAUAAGCUGGAAGUAGAGGCCUAAGCAUUGUUGUUCACUAGUUUACUCCAAUUAGGGAAGGGGUGGUGGGGUUGGAAAGUAAUAAAGGGAAAUAUAUUUUAAAAAAGGAUAUGUGUCACGAUCGUCAGGGAGAGACCAAUGCGCAGCGUGAUGAACAAACAUACUUUAAUUAGCUAAAGUGUAAACAAGAUACAAAACAAGAAACGACUCGUGAAGUCCACGGUGACAAUGACCGAACACGGAACAAAAACCCACAAACACAAAGGGAAAACAUACAGUUUAAAUAUGGCUCCCAAUCAGAGACAACCAGCCAACAGCUGACACUCGUUGCCUCUGAUUGGGAGUCACUCAGGCAAAACAUAGAAAUCAACAAACUAGAACCCCCAACAUAGAAAUAAACCACAUAGAAUGAACACACCCUGGCUCAACAUAUGGAGUCCCAGAACCAGGGUGUGACAGUACCCCCCCCUAAAGGCGCGGACUGCGACCGCGCCUCAAAAAGAGCAAAACAGGGGAGGGCUGGGUGGGCAUACCUCCUUGGCGGCGGUUCUGGCUCCGGCCUUGCCCACCACCCUCCAACAAACCCCCCAUAGCGCCCCUGGUCCGGUCUGGCCCCGCUGGCUGGAGCUGGACUGGACGUAGCAGGAGCGGUUAGCUUCAGCUCCGUAGUGGAGCCGUUGACCGGUACCUGGUUAGGCACCGGUGACCCAGGCACAGGUUGUGCCGAACAGACGACGCGCACCCCUGGCUUGGUGCGUGAGGCAGGAAAGGACCGGACCUGGCUGACGAUGCGCACCCCUGGCUUGGUGCGUGGAGCAGCAACGGGCCGGACCGGGCUGACGAUGCGCACCCCUGGCUUGGUGCGUGGAGCCGGAACGGGCCUCACCGGACUGACGACUCGCACCCCUGGCUUGGUGCGUGGAGCAGCGACGGGCCUUGCCAGGCUGACGACUCGCACCCCUGGCUUGGUGCGUGGAGCAGGAACGGGCUGGACCAGGCUGACGACUCGCACCCCUGGCUUGGUGCGAGUGGCAGGAACGGGCUGGACCAGGCUGACGACUCGCACCCCUGGCUUGGUGCGAGUGGCAGGAACAGGCCGGGCCGGGCUGGCGACGCACACCGUAUACUUGGUGCGAGUGGCAGGAACAGGCCGGGCCGGGCUGGCGACGCGCACCGUAUACUUGGUGCGAGUGGCAGGAACAGGCCGGGCCGGGCUGGCGACGCGCACCGUAGACUUGGUGCGAGUGGCAGGAACAGGCCGGGCCGGGCUGGCGACGCGCACCGUAGACUUGGUGUGAGUGGCAGGAACAGGCCGGGCCGGGCUGGCGACGCGCACCGUAGACUUGGUGCGAGUGGCAGGAACAGGCCGGGCCAGGCUGGCGACGCGCACCGUAGGCUUGGUGCGUGGAGCAGGGACAGGCCGGACUGGGCUGGCGACGCACACCGUAGGCUUGGUGCGUGGAGCAGGGACAGGCCGGACUGGGCUGGCGACGCACACCGUAGGCUUGGUGCGUGGAGCAGGGACAGGCCGGACUGGGCUGGCGACGCACACCGUAGGCUUGGUGCGUGGAGCAGGGAUAGGCCGGACUGGGCUGGCGACGCACACCGUAGGCUUGGUGCGUGGAGCAGGGACAGGCCGAACCGGGCUGUGGAGACGGAUAGGAGACCUGGAGUGAAGAGCGGCCACAACCCGUCCCGGCUGAAUGCCUACCCUCACACACUCUGUGUGAGGCAUCCGCACAGGACGUACAGGGCUGUGUACCCGUACUGGCAUAACAGCACGUGACACCGGAGCAGGAUAUCCGGGACCGCGGAGAGGCAUUGGAGACCACGAGCGUUGAGCCGGCACACUCCGUCCUGGCUGCAUACCCGCCUUCGCACGACACGUGCGGGGCGCUCGCACAGGACGUACAGGACUAUGCCGGACCACUCGUGGCACUGAACGCCGCUCCGCAUACCGCGGAACCUGCCCCGUCCCAUGCUGCCAUGCCUGAGUACGGGACGUUGGUUCCGCUCUCCUUCCAGGCUCCGCCAACCUGCCUUCUGGCCCCCCAAACCCGGUGGCCUCCUCUCCAAAUCGCCCUGUGGCAGCCUCCUGCUGCCCAGCCGCCCAUGCAGUGUGCCCCCCCCUAAAAAUGUUUUGGGGUUGCCUCUCGUCCUUCCGACGAUGACACUGCUGACGCCGCUGCUCCUCUCUCGCCAGGGCCUUAAUCCUUGCCCAUGGCCCUUUGCCCCCGAGCAUGUCCUCCCAGGACCACGAUUUGCCCACCUGGGCCAUCGCCAGCCUCUCCAUCUCCUUUCCUGGCGCUUCCUCCCAUGUCCAGUCUGCCUGCUCCUGGACACGCUGCUUGGUCCUGGUAUGGUGGGUUUUUCUGUCACGAUCGUCAGGGAGAGACCAAUGCGCAGCGUGAUGAACAAACAUACUUUAAUUAGCUAAAGUGUAAACAAGAUACAAAACAAGAAACGACUCGGGAAGUCCACGGUGACAAUGACCGAACACGGAACAAAAACCCACAAACACAAAGGGAAAACAUACAGUUUAAAUAUGGCUCCCAAUCAGAGACAACCAGCCAACAGCUGAAACUCGUUGCCUCUGAUUGGGAGUCACUCAGGCAAAACAUAGAAAUCAACAAACUAGAACCCCCAACAUAGAAAUAAACCACAUAGAAUGAACACACCCUGGCUCAACAUAUGGAGUCCCAGAACCAGGGUGUGACAAUAUGCAUAUACAGUGAGGGAAAAAAGUAUUUGAUCCCCUGCUGAUUUUGUACGUUUGCCCACUGACAAAGAAAUGAUCCGUCUAUAAUUUUAAUGGUAGGUUUAUUUGAACAGUGAGAGACAGAAUAACAACAACAAAAUCCAGAAAAACACAUGUCAAAAAUGUUAUAAAUUGAUUUACAUUUUAAUGAGGGAAAUAAGUAAAAACAUGACUCUGCAAAACAUGACUUAGUACUUGGUGGUAAAACACUUGUUGGCAAUCACAGAGGUCAGACAUUUCUUGUAGUUGGCCACCAGGUUUGCACACAUCUCAGGAGGGAUUUUGUCCCACUCCUCUUUGCAGAUCUUCUCCAAGUCAUUAAGGUUUCGAGGCUGACGUUUGGCAACUCGAACCUUCAGCUCCCUCCACAGAUUUUCUAUGGGAUUAAGGUCUGGAGACUGGCUAGGCCACUCCAGGACCUUAAUGUGCUUAUUCUUGAGCUACUCCUUUGUUGCCUUGGCCAUGUGUUUUGGGUCAUUGUCAUGCUGGAAUACCCAUCCACGACCCAUUUUCAAUGCCCUGGCUGAGGGAAGGAGGUUCUCACCCAAGAUUUGACGGUACAUGGCCCCGUCCAUCGUCCGUUUGAUGCGGUGAAGUUGUCCUGUCCCCUUAGCAGAAAAACACCCCCAAAGCAUAAUGUUUCCACCUCCAUCUUUGACGGUUGGGAUGGUGUUCUUGGGGUCAUAGGCAGCAUUCCUCGUCCUCCAAACACGGCGAGUUGAGUUGAUGCCAAAGAGCUCCAUUUUGAUUUCAUCUGAUCACAACACUUUCACCCAGUUCUCCUCUGAAUCAUUCAGAUGUUCAUUGGCAAACUAAUCUCAGCUCGUUACCUGUAUAAAAGACACCUGGGAGCCAGAAAUCUUUCUGAUUGAGAGGGGAUCAAAUACUUUUUUCCCUCAUUAAAAUGCAAAUCAAUAUAUAACAUUUUUGACAUGCGUUUUUCUGGAUUUUGUUGUUGUUAUUCUGUCUCUCACUGUUCAAAUAAACCUACCAUUAAAAUUAUAGACUGAUCAUUUAUUUGUCAGUGGGCAAACAUACAAAAUCAGCAGGGGAUCAAAUACUUUUUGUAUAUCCCUCACUGUAUAUGUAUGUACAGUUGAAGUCAGAAGUUUACAUCACACCUUUGCCAAAUACAUUUAAACUCUGUUUUUCAGAAUUCCUGACAUUUAAUCCUAGUAAAAAUUCCCUGUCUUAGGUCAGUUAGGAUCACCAUUUUAUUUUAAGAAUGUGAAUUGUCAGAAUAAUAGUAAAGAGAAUGACUUAUUUCAGCUUUUAUUUCUUUCAUCACAUUCCCAUUGGGUCAAAAGUUUACCCACACUCAAUUAGUAUUUGGUAGCACUGCCUUUAAAUUGUUUAACUGGGGUCAAUUGUUUCGGGUAGCCUUCCACAAGCUUCCCACAAUAAGUUGGGUGAAUUUUGGCCCAUUCCUCCUGACAGAGCUGGUGUAAAUUAGUCAGGUUUGUAGGCCUCCUUGCUUGCAAACGCUUUUUCAGUUCUGCCCACACAUUUUCAAUAGGAUGGAGGUCAGGGCUUUGUGAUGGCCACUCCAAUACCUUGACUUUGUUGUCCUUAAGCCAUUUUGCCACAACUUUGGAAGUAUGCUUGGGGUCAUUGUCCAUUUGGAAGACCCAUUUGCGACCAAGCUUUAACUUCCUGACUGAUGUCUUGAGAUUUUGCUUCAAUAUAUCCACAUAAUUUUCCUUCCUCAUGAUGCCAUCUAUUUUGUGAAGUGCACCAGUCCCUCCUGCAGCAAAGCACCCCCACAGCAUGAUGCUGCCACCCCCGUGCUUCACGGUUGGGAUGGUGUUCUUCAGCUUGCAAGCUGUCCCCUUUUUUCCUCCAAACAUAACGAUGGUCAUUAUGGCCAAACAGUUCUAUUUUUUGUUUCAUCAGACAAGAGGACAUUUCUCCAAAAAGUACGAUCUUUGUCCCCAUGUGCAGUUGCAAACCGUAGUCUGGCUUUUUUAUGGCGGUUUUGGAGCAGUGGUUUCUUCCUUGCUGAGCAGCCUUUCAGGUUAUGUCGAUAUAGGACUUGUUUUACUGUGGAUAUAGAUACUUUUGUACCUGUUUCCUCCAGCAUCUUCACAAGGUCCUUUGCUGUUGUUCUGGGAUUGAUUUGCACUUUUCGCACCAAAGUACGUUCAUCUCUCGGAGACAGAACGCGUCUCCUUCCUGAGCGGUAUGACGGCUGCGUGGUCCCAUGGUGUUUAUACUUGCGUACUAUUGUUUGUACAGAUGAACAUGGUACCUUCAAGUGGAAAUUGCUCCCAAGGAUGAACCAGACUUGUGGAAGUCUACAAUUAUAUUUCUGAGGUCUUGGCUGAUUUCUUUUGAUUUUCCCAUGAUGUCAAGUAAAGAGGCACUGAGUUUGAAGGUAGGCCUUGAAAUACAGCCACAGGUACACCUCCAAUUGACUCAAAUAAUGUCAAUUAGCCUAUCAGAAGCUUCUAAAGUCAUGACAUCAUUUUCUGGAAUUAUCCAAGCUGUUUAAAGGCACAGUCAACUUAUUGUACAGUGGGGAAAAAAGUAUUUAGUCAGCCAUCAAUUGUGCAAGUUCUCCCACUUAAAAAGAUGGGAGAGGCCUGUAAUUUUCAUCAUAGGUACACGUCAACUAUGACAGACAAAUUGAAAAAAAAAAUCCUGAAAAUCACAUUGUAGGAUUUUUUAUGAAUUUAUUUGCUAAUUAUGGUGGAAAAUAAGUAUUUGGUCACCUACAAACAAGCAAGAUUUCUGGCUCUCACAGACCUGUAACUUCUUCUUUAAGAGGCUCCUCUGUCCUCCACUCAUUACCUGUAUUAAUGGCACCUGUUUGAACUUGUUAUCAGUAUAAAAUACACCUGUCCACAACCUCAAACAGUCACACUCCAAACUCCACUAUGGCCAAGACCAAAGAGCUGUCAAAGGACACCAGAAACAAAAUUGUAGACCUGCACCAGGCUGGGAAGACUGAAUCUGCAAUAGGUAAGCAGCUUGGUUUGAAGAAAUCAACUGUGGGAGCAAUUAUUAGGAAAUGGAAGACAUACAAGACCACUGAUAUCUCACUCGAUCUGGGGCUCCAUGCAAGAUCUCACCCCGUGGGGUCAAAAUGAUCACAAGAACGGUGAGCAAAAAUCCCAAAACCACACGGGGGGACCUAGUGAAUGACCUGCAGAGAGCUGGGACCAAAGUAACAAAGCCUACCAUCAGUAACACACUACGCCGCCAGGGACUCAAAUCCUGCAGUGCCAGACGUGUCCCCCUGCUUAAGCCAGUACAUGUCCAGGCCCGUCUGAAGUUUGCUAGAGUGCAUUUGGAUGAUCCAGAAGAGGAAACCAAAAUAUAACUUUUUGGUAAAAACUCAACUCGUCAUGUUUGGAGGACAAAGAAUGCUUAGUUGCAUCCAAAGAACACCAUACCUACUGUGAAGCAUGGGGGUGGAAACAUCAUGCUUUGGGGCUGUUUUUCUGCAAAGGGACCAGGACGACUGAUCCGUGUAAAGGAAAGAAUGAAUGGGGCCAUGUAUCGUGAGAUUUUGAGUGAAAACCUCCUUCCAUCAGCAAGGGCAUUGAAGAUGAAACGUGGCUGGGUCUUUCAGCAUGACAAUGAUCCCAAACACACCGCCCGGGCAACGAAGGAGUGGCUUCGUAAGAAGCAUUUCAAGGUCCUGGAGUGGCCUAGCCAGACUCCAGAUCUCAACCCCAUAGAAAAUCUUUGGAGGGAGUUGAAAGUCCGUGUUGCCCUGCGACAGCCCCAAAACAUCACUGCUCUAGAGGAGAUCUGCAUGGAGGAAUGGGCCAAAAUACCAGCAACAGUGUGUGAAAAGCUUGUGAAGACUUACAGAAAACGAUUGACCUGUGUCAUUGCCAACAAAGGGUAUAUAACAAAGUAUUGAGAACAGUCUAUGGCUGGGGUGGCUGGAGUCUUUGACAAUUUCUAGGGCCUUCCUCUGACACCGCCUGGUAUAGAGGUGUCAGAGAAAGGCCCUAGAAAUUGUCAAAGACUCCAGCCACCCCAGCCAUAGACUGUUCUCUCUGCUACCGCACAGCAAGCGGUACCGGAGCGCCAAGUCUAGGUCCAAGAGGCUUCUAAACAGCUUCUACCCCCAAGCCAUAAGACUAAUCAAAUGGCUACCCAGACUAUUUGCAUUGCAUUUGUAUGCAUUUGUUUGAUUGUUUUUUAACCCCCCCAACUAAAUAAAAAGUUGGUCACAAAAACAAAAUAUAUGGAGGAAGGAACCUCUCCUGUUCUCUCCGCCUGUCCAUCUUGUGGGAAACCUAGACACAUGUAGCAAGCACUUGUAUACCUGUCACUGGUAUAUAUGUUUUUGGUUAGAGAUUACAAUCUCCUAAGAAAUGAAUCCAGUAGCACAUCUAAUGAUAUAGUGCAUAAAACACAACUACUUCCUCAGUAAGGCCCCACCUCAAUCUCACUUUACUUACUUACAUUAUCCUGUUUGUUCCUAUGUGGAACAGAAGAUUUUCCCCCACCUCAAUACAACUGUUAAAAACCAUUUGGAGGAAUAUAGGUUACUUUAUUCUGUCUGUCCAUUUGGUGGUAAAUAUAUAGGUGCUAUGGCGCUAUCACUUCCAUACUUCCAAACCUGUUAUUGGUGCCAACUGUAUUUUGGCUUAGAGAUGGCUAUCUUCAACUCCAAGGGAAUGGAUCUUUGCAUAGCACAUAUAGUGAUAAAAGUGCAUAUUAUGCAUAUUUAUAUUUAGAGGAUACUUGUAGUUUAUUGGUAUAAGGUACAUCAAAGUUAGAGACAUAUGCCCCUGAUCAAACAAGCCCAUUGGGGAAUUGGAUAGAAUGGUAUUCCAUCAUGUUUUCAAUACUAACAUUCACAUUCUCUGCAGUGUUCUGAGUUGUCUGGAUCAGUAAUUUGCAUGAAAUGUAAAUCAAGAACGCAAUAUCCAUAAAUUCCAUAAACAGUAUGAUAAUGUCUCAUUUGUAUGGGGCUGGCGCACAUAAACACUUGGCUCUGGAAUUCAGUUUUGUUAUUUUUCUGCAUAUUUUAUCGUUAAGUCUUUCUAUUUUCAAUGAGAAAUGUUACACUAACGUACGUCUGAAGGUUCGGUGGAUUCCAGCAGGUGUGGAGUCAUAAUUGGUGUCCUUCCCUUUAGUGAAUUGUCUACUUGACCCCUGUGCGUGGUCUCCAUACCAACACUGUUGUGUUAGGUCUCAGCCUAUCUGUCCACUGACCUUAAGCUGGCUGGAGACACUCCACCUGAGAUCCUGCAGCUCUGUCUGAGGAGAUGGUGUUUGUGGGGGGCAAGAUCAAGAGAGAUCGGGGGAGAAGGUGGAGUGAGAGGAGACAGGAAAGGGAUAGGGGAAAUACAGAGGGGGGAGAGGGGGAGUGAGAGAUGGGAGAGAGGAGAGGAAGGGGAGAGAGAAUUAAAGAGAGAGAGAGAAAAGGAGAGAGAAAGAGCGAGAGUUGUUUUUCUGUCAUCGUGUUUGGUUGUUUACCACUCAAAGACUCUGGAUAAUAAAUUAGUCACGUCCGUGAGAGCAAGGCUGCUGUGGAGCUGUGUGUGUGUGCUUGUGUGCAUCUCACAUAAUCUGUCUCACAUGCAAAAACAUGCAGUACACACACACACGUGCACUCACAUUCCCACUCGUGCACGCAUGUGCCGCAUGUUCGUACAUGUGAGACAGAUAGUGUGAAUGAAAUAAUGAUGGUGGCAUACAGAGUGGACAAAAAAUAUGUAUAUAUACAUGAUUCAACUCACAAUUGUAAGGCAACCAGCUGCAAUAGGAUUGUGAAUUUGCUCAGCAGAAAUGUUGUUGAGUAAACUCACAACAGAAAGUUUGUGUGUGAUAAUUUUGUUGAGCAAACUCACAAUCCUAUUGCAGUUGGUUGCCUUACAAUUGUACGUUGAAUCUUUUUUUUACAGUGUGUGUCUUUUUUAAAUGCAAUGCUGCAUUUAGGCAGGCCGCCCAAUUCUUACUCGUAUGCACACACACUCACUCACACUUACGCUGCGUUUAGACAGGCAGCCCGAUACUAAUAUUUUAUUCACUAAUUGGUCUUUUGACCAAUCAGUUCAGCUCUGAAAAAGAUCUGAUGUGAAAAGAUCUGAUGUGAUUGGUCAAAAGACCAAUUAGUGAAAAAAAGUUAAGUAUUGGACUGCCUGUCUAAACGCAGCGUAAGUGUGUGUGAGUGUGUGUACAUGCGAGUGCUGCAUCAGAGAGCAGUGACUUUGCAUUUGUGAGCUUGUGUUGUGAGGAACAGACGUUAUUGGGCUGACCUAACCAGAAAAUGGUGAGGUGUUAGGGGACCAGCUUUUACAGACUCCUGAUUGGCUGCAGGGCUUUGCUGUGGCAUUGACUCGUCCUGGCUGUGCUCGCGCCUCAUUGGCUCAUAGCAGGUCCAUAAAAACGGCUGUUAAUCUUCACUUUGAGGCUAUUUUAAAAUGGAUGCUUCUGGUAGCAGUCUGCUGUGUGUCACAGAACAAUAACUCAUCUAUUUUGGUUUUGAGUCAUAUUUGCUCGCAUGGCCUUUUCUUCUCCAUUUCUCUAAUAGUUGGUCGCCGGGAAAUACAUUUCUCUUUUGCAGUGGAAGCUAGAGGUGUCUUAUCUAGGUAAUGAUCCAUAUGCAACCCCUCCCUAGAACAUUUGUCAAACACAAGGUGUUCUGGUCAAUGUUACGCACAAUGAUGUUAAGAUGGCAAACUUCUGUAGAACCGAACAAGUUUGACCAUAAUCUUCUUUGCAAAGAACCAUUACUUCUCUCUGCACCUGAUCUUAACACAAUGCCUCUGUCCCUUAGUCCUUGUUGACCUCCCCUAACUUUCUCUCUAGUUAAAUUGGCAAUAUUCAAUAUUGCUCACAUUUAUUCAGUUUUUUCAUACUUAUCAAGGUGAAUCAGCUAGGACCUUAGGAUAGAAUAAAUGUUUUUUGAUUGAUCUUGUUUUCUCUCUCCCGUUAUAGGUGUACUGCGCGUGGGAGCCCCCAGUGGCUCAGAGGUCACCCUGCGUCUCAAUCUGACAGUGAAGGCCAGCAGCUGUGUGGAGCCUGGCAGCCGCUUCAGCGACCCACAAUGCUCUGGGAAGGGGAAGUGCAUCACCCAGCCCUCUGUGGUAAGAGGUCAGGGGUCAGAUAUGUGAUGUCACCUGUCCUUGCGUAGGUGAAUCAAUCCCUUGUCUUUGGGCUUGAUCCUGUGAACAAUAUUUUAAGGCUUAACAUGUCACUUUCAAUAUUCAGAAAACAGAUUUUCCCCUCAAUAUUCUGGAAGGUAAUUGCUGUAAUUCAGCAGAAUAUUGUAAGAUUGCGACACUAUUGUCUUGAUGAUACACUAUGCGGUAACAUAGCAACAGGAGACUGAGAGGAGAAAAAGAUAAGCAAGACAGAAUAAAGACCAUGCCUUAUUGCCAUGGGAACAGAGAAAGGCAUAAAUGUAUUGUGUGAUGGAGACAGAGUUCUUAAUAAUAAAGUCCUGCAUCCCUACUGCUCCCUGGGGCUCCCUAGGUCCCUAGGGGCAUUACUGUUAGCAGACUGAUCACUGCUGCAGAGAGAAAAUAAAAGAAAGGAAGGGAGAGGAGAGGGGAGAGAGGAGACGUGUGCUAGACUGAGGGCCUGCUAACUCUUUCCCUCCCCAGUAACCAGAACCAUCCCAGUGAUAGACAAAGUGUUGAGCAUUAUGCUCAGAAUGUUCCACAAUGUUAUCUGACCACUCAGUCUCAUCAGUUUUUCUUCUCAUCACAUGAACCCCUCGGUAUCUCUAAUCACUUGUCACAUAUAGGGCCAUGAGUUUAUCCUGGUCAGGUCAUGUGGUUGGGAGAAACUCCUGGCUCUAGUUUUGGUACCUUUAGUCAGUAUGUGACAGUGACCCCGUGACCCCUCUGACCUCCAGAGCACCUUCUUCUGUGAGUGUGAGAAUGGUUACUCUGGAAUCUUCUGUGAGGAGUUUGAUGCCUGCCACCUCAGGCCCUGCCAGAACUACGCCAUCUGUAGUGACCUGAGGCAGGGCGACGAGGGACGCAACUUCACUUGUAUCUGCCCUCCAGGUAACUACUGUGUGUGCGUGUGUGUGUCUGUGUGUACAUGCGUAUGUGCGUGCAUCACAGGAGGCUGCUGAGGGGAGAACGGCUCAUAAUAAUGGCCGGAAUGGAGCAAAUGGAAUGGCAUCAAACACCUGCAAGCCAUGUGUUUGAUGUAUUUGAUACCAUUCCACUAAUUUCGCUCCAGCCAUUACCACGAGCCCGUCCUCCCCAAUUAACGUGCCACAAACCUCCUGUGGUGUACAUGCGUAUGUGCGUGCAUGCCUGCGUGUGUGUGAGUGUCUCCAAAUGAAAUAGGGAAUGCAGAGAAGAAUACACCCUUUCAACUUGUCAAUUAGAUAUAUUUGGGGCCCAGACCAGUGAGGGCAGCUCCGAUCCACCUGAGAGGUUCAUUACCUUGUUAUAGAAGCAGAGGCUGGAGCUGUUGUUGAUGGCCAGUCACAUCUUAUUAGAGAAGGGUGAUUACAGGACUGUGGUGGUAUGUCUGCCUGCCUGACAGACUGAGGGCAGUGGGUUCUCACAGGCUCAUCCAGAGCACUGUGGAGGCAGCACUACAUGAUUCAUGUUAAUUGGCUGGAUGGGUAGCAAGGUUGGAGGUAUCUGGCUAGAUGCAGGACUUGUUGACUUGUUCUUGGAAGAGUGAGUGUUCUGUUUUGAAUUGACCUGAUGAGUUAAUGAAGAUAGACAGUCAUGGGGAAGUGUGAGACAUAGGGUGGCCUGUGUGUGUGUGUUUGUGUGUGAUGCAUGCAUGCGUGCGUGCAUGUGUUUUUCUGUGUGUGUGUGUGUGCUUGUUAUAGAGGUAGUUGGAUGGUUUGCAUGUCAGUGCGUAAGAGUUGCGGGUGUAUAUUUUGCCUUCUGUGUGUGUUCAGGUUUAAUGCUAUGUGACACUGUGUUUCGUCUGUGUGCUCCAGGGUUCGAGGGUGACCUUUGCCAGUUGCAGGUGGACCACUGCCUGUCUCAGCCCUGCAGGAACGGGGCUACCUGCUCCAGCAGCCUGGCCGGACCCAGGUGCUACUGCCCUGAGGGUAGGUACUUUAUCAUAACUCUGCCCUGUGGUUAGUAGGUACCCCAGUACCAAUAGCACAGCAAUGCUCUGAGUGCAGAACAUCUCUUGCCAUAACAUAAAAUGCACAGAUCCACAGCAAGGCACAAUAGCAAGGAUGUUCUGCACAAUACCACGUUGUUAAUCAGUUUUAUUUUCUGAGCUUCAUUAGCUGGUUGUGUGUGUUGGACUGUCCUGGUUCCCUGGUCUAGGCGUGCAUCUGGUGUUCUUGUGUGCAUGUGUGGUGUGUACGUGCGUGUGAGUCUGAAUGUGUGUGUGAGGCUAUCCUAGUUCCGCUGCCGUUCGUUUCUGUGUCUGCUCAGUGUUUAUCUGUGCCAGACCGUUGCUUAAUUUAAACCUUCCUCCACUACUCUAAUUAGUCCUCCUGGCCCUAACAACCCGCUCUCAGCCCCACAUGGGAAAUCUACGCUAGCCCGCUAAAACUAAAUUCUGACAAACACAGCACUCCUAAAUAAGGGCAUGCCAAUCCACGCUUUUUAUAUAUACACACACACACACACACACACACACACGCACACGCACACGCACACACAAACACACACAGACACUCCCAUGCAAAACCAUCCCGGAAUAAUCCUCUUCGAACACAUCAAUAAAACAACAGAGGUAUGAAUGUACAACCUGGUCCAGAAAAUAUGAUACAUUGCAGGUACAAUUCCCUGCGGUCACUGAGUUCUGAUCCACAGUCCUGCUAACAACGCAAACCGGAUUAAAUUAUUAAUCUUACACUGUUGGACGAACGCCGACCAGAAUUUUUAAUCCAUCCACAGCAGUUUUUUUCCUUUGGUUGUUUUCACAGAGAGAUGGUGGUUGUGGUGCAACAAUGGGGGCGGAAACUGCUUCAGCAUUUUGUAAUUAGUGCGACAAGGAGUGUGUGUGUGUGUGUGAGAGAGAGAGAGAGAGACAUCUACAUAUUUAACAGGCUCGUUAGGUAAUCCUGCCGUUUGAAGCCUUUCUACUGGGUUUCAAGGCAAUUAGCUAAUCACAUUCUCCAGUGAGCAUGUGACUGCAGGUGACUGCAGGUCAACACAAUCAGCCAGUGGAGGGUGAUGAGGAGGCACCUUGCCUCACCUCUACCUCUGUUUAUUCAACAAACACACUGGGAGUGGGAGCAGACGGCUCCACACUGCAGACUCCAGGCUGUAGACUCCAAGCUGCAGACUCCUGUCCACCUGAUUCCCAUCCAGUUGUGAGAGACUGAGCAGGAGAGACGUAAAGAAUGUGUUAGGGUACACAGUUGUUGUUGUUUUCUUGUUGCUGUUUUCUUGCAGGUGAAUGUGAGCACAGAAGUAUAUCAGAGUUGUAUUCUACAAAGCAGGAUUAUGGAGUUAGCCAGCUAACUUGGCUAAACAUUAUUUUUAUUUUGUAGAAAGAUAAGCUUGAAAUGGGCAUGGUCUAAUUGAUUUAACAAACGAAUAGACAUAUCUAAGUUUAGCUUUUUUAAUUAAGUAUAAAAUCAAUGGUUAUUUCUGGUUGCUUAUCAAAGUUAUCUGGCUAACUCAUUGAUCCUGCUUUGUAGCAUACCCCUCAAUACUAGGUACAGAGAAGUUUUGAAAUGCUAAAGUUGGAGUUGACGGACCUGGAAUUAUGGUGUAUGGCAUUUUCUUGUAUAACACACAGCAGAAGCAGUGUCUUCCAUGAGGAAAAGACACACUGUUGUACUGUUGUUCAUUUACCUCUAGACUGUUUCCUUUUGGACUAGACUGUCUCUCUUUUUUAUUUGGAGAAGAAGUGACAAGUAUCUUUACUCUAGCUCCUCUCUUUUAACUAUCACUGUCUCUAAAGACACAUGCAGUGAAGAGCUUUAAUGAUAAUUUGGUUUCUUUUUAAAGCAUUCUCCCAAUGUGCGCAGUCACGCACAAACGAACACCGCACACACACACACACACACACACACACACACACACACAGAGAAACCUAUUUCUGUCAGCUGUUCCCUGUGUGGUAUCACUGCCUACCCACACACUCAUAAAUCAAACCAAGUUUAUUUAGCAAAGAUCCUCUCUGCGGAAGUUAUCACGCUGUGCAUAAAAUAAAGUGAUGGAUGACAGCAGAUGACAACAAUAGCAGAGGCAAUCAUAGCAGAAUCACGGCUUAUGAUCACCAAAUGCCAAUGCUGAAGGCAAAUAGCAGGUGAGCAGGUGUAUAGUAUUAGUUUGACAGCAGAGCAGUAUCAUAAACAGUCUGGUUAUUACGUGUCAUGUCCAUUCAUGACCACUCAUGUCAGAUGACAUACUGCCUAUGAGCCCUGGCCAAAAGUAGCGCACUUUAUAGGAAAUCAACAAGAUCUUACGGUUUUACCAAUUUGACUUCAGAUUCUGACUUUUAUCUACGUUUCUCCAAAUGUCACAUUUCGAAAAAUAAGGGUCGGGAUAGGGUUAAAACAUUAAGUUUAGGCAUUCAUUACGAAUGGUUAAGUUGAGGGUUAAGUGUCUACCACUGGGAUUGAACGCGCAAUCGGAUUCAGAGUCAUGGGAUUGCGCCCAUCAGGACAUGGACAGACAUCCAAUUUCAAAGUAAAUCUUGAGCGAUCUGCUUUAGGGAAUAUGUGUACCAUUUCAGACACAGCCAGAGUCUCUAGAGGAGGUUGCUCCCAGCAGUCCUCCUAGCUCUGUGUCUGUCCUCUGAGGUCUCUCUCUCUCAGCUCUAGGACUGCCACUGUCUCCAGUGAGGAACAGAAGGGGUGGGUGCGCUAUAUUUAACUCGCUCUAUUGGCAAGCAGAAGCUCUGCAAAAGCUGCCUCCUUUCAUAUCAGAGCUCCCCUGGGAAUCUGGUUAAGUGUGUAGGCUAGGUAAAGUGGGUGUGGUGGUGGGGAGAGGGGGUUCUUGUGUAUGCAUGCAUGUUUGCGAGUGUGUCUUUACCAUGUCUGCUGACCCAUACCCCCUGUGUCAUAAUGAAUUAUGAGCUUAGUCUUGGGGAGAGUUGUCAGCAUGAUCAGAGAGAGAGAGAGAGAGAGAGAGAGAGAGAGAGAGAGAGAGAGAGAGAGAGAGAGAGAGAGAGAGAGAGAGGUAUAUGGGGUUCUGGGGUCCUGAUGCUAAGACACCCAGCCAAUAUCCCUGACAACACUGCCCAAGGCAAACACACACAUACACAGCAGACUUAGCUUUCUACAGCGAUAAAGGAACAGAGCUCGAUUUUCCUCCCUUCUAUCUUCACAUCCUCCUUUUUGGCACCAUUACCUCUCUCUUUUCUUUACCUCUUGUCAUGUCUCAUUUUCUACUACAUCUGAGAUUAUGUGUGGUUGUGUGUAUAUAUGUGUGUGUGCACGUCUCCACUCAACAAGAUCUCGCUGCCUCACUUCAGUAAACAACAUUUGUCCGGGGGGAUAAACGUAAAAACUAGAAAAUUAAGUUUAAUCAUUAAUUAAAGUUGAGGUUUGGGAUAGGGUUAAAACAUAAAAUAAUAAGAAUGAGUGCCUAGCAAUGGGAUUGAACCCACGAUCCUCUGAGCUGUAGAGCGCGGUUCAAAGGUCAUGAACAGUCAAAAUCACGUUUUUCAUGAAAUUUGAUGAUAUUUGGAUGAAACCAAAUCAAAGUAUGAUGCCCAAAGUAUGAAAAAUGACUGUUGCUUUUACAUUGAUACAUUUUGAUCACACAGUAACUGGUCCCCUCCCCCAUGUUAAAGACUUGGAUUCAGGAGGUGUAAUGUAGACGCAGGGAGUCAGGAAGCAAGUGCAGUUAAUGAGUUUAAUGACGAAGAACAUUGACCGAUACAAAACAAGAAAAGCGUCUAAACAUGGAAACAUAAACAAUAUUGCCUGGUGGGCGAUAACAACGCUAUAUAAAGGGGAAGUAAUCAGGGAGGUGAUGAAGUCCAGGUGUGCCUAAUGAGGCGCAGGUGUGCGUAAUGAAGGUUGCCAGGUGUGCGUAAGGAUGGGUUGCCAGGACCAGUAGUUAGUGGAACGGCGUCGACGCCGGAGAGGGGGAGCGGGAGUGGACGUGACAGGAGGCGGGAUUAUUAAGGGAAUAGGGUGAUCCUAACUCUCAUUUUAAUACACCAAUGGUAACAUGAUAUUCUCUUACCUAAUUUAAAUAAGUGCCGCCUUGUAACCAACAUCGGAGAAGGCGUGUUUGCAGAGGGACGUGGUUUAUAUAGCUAGAUAGCUACUCUACUGAUGCCAACAUUUGACUAUGUGGUGUCAGCAAAUACAGUAUAAUUACAAUUUUACACUAUUCAUCUAUGGCAAAGAUACUUCCAGUAUAUGUCUCCCCUUUCAUCUGUGUCUGGUGUUAGCUAGUUACUGGCUAGCUAGGUCUUCAGCCAGCAUGGAACAAAAGAGGGGGAAGGGUCGUCCAAAACUCUGACGCAGCUGUCACACUCUAAAAAGUAAAGGUUCCUGGAGAAUCCUUUAGGGGUUCUUCAAAUUGAAACUGUGGAGGAACCCCUAUAAGUUCUUCAAAGAACUCUUUAAAAGGGUUCUUCAAAUAACCCCUUUUAAUGGAUCCUCAAAUAACCUUUUGAAGAACCUUGAACUACCCCCCCUCCCCUAUUAAUAUUAUUAUUAAUAAUACGCUUAACAAUAACAACAAUAACACAAUAUUGUAGUUGUCAGUGUUUAUUAUGAUUUUAGUAGCAAAGCAGAAUAAAAAAAACAAAAUAUGAGGUAAACUCCCAGCAGAGCCCCAAGUCCAAUUGAUAUAUCCUCUGGCAUGUUGAUGUUAAUGUGUUGAUGUUCUCUGUAUCCAUAGCCAGGAUGAUUUGGCAGUGCAUGGUGAUCGAGCAAGUUUCCUGUUAUAUUCCUCAGAGGUGUAGGGAGGGUGAAGUCUGUAAAUCCAAAAAAUAGCAGUUAUUAAGAUGAUUAACAAAACAUUCACACGACAGUAUUCAUACCUUGGUUUUUGUGGUAAAUGUGAAUGAAAAAAAUUGUUUUAAUAAUGGUUUUCAUACACAUACCUUGUCCAUAAUGUAGAGGCCUGUGGGAUAUUCAUUGUAGCGGUAAGAGAGGAGGAUGGUAAAUCUAAUCUGCAUAACAUACUAAUACCAACUGACAUACCUUUGUAUGCCUCCUCGUCUGUAUACCUGCAGACACAUACACAAAAGUGAGCAGUUCAGUCAUCUGUACCCAAUACAGCUAGCCUUCAACAUAUUCUUAUAGCAUACAUAUUCUUACUUCUUUGUUGAUUGAUAUCCAUUGAAUUCUGUCCAAUUUCUGUUUUAGAAAGAUUUGCACAAAUAUGAAAAGAUGGAUAAUGUCAUCAGAAAACAAUAUAAAUUUAGAUCAUACAAGGGACAAACCUUACCUUAAAUUGUGGAGAUAUUUAAAUUGUUCAGUUAAGUGCCUGCACCUGCUGUCCUUUCAAAUUCAAAUCCAAAUGUUUCAGUUGGGCAGUUAGGUUCCUGCAAGAACCCCCACCAACUUAGGAGGUUCUUCAAUGAACCCCACCUCCUAUGGGGUUCUUGGAAGAACCUUUUGGGUGCAAUUUUCAGUGCCAAGAACCCUAAGGUUCUUCGAAGAACUUUGAGGAUCUUAGAAGAACCCUUGUUGAACCCUUCAUUUUUAGAGUGCAUGCCAACACAUCCGUCAGUGCUGCGGUGAACCACAUCACAAGAGACAUGCCAAACGGGAGAAAAACAUUUACUUAAUUAACCAUGUUUCCAUCCACAGUCUUUAUGCGAGUAAAAAAAUAAUGACAGCUGUGAUGGAAACAGGAAGUUUUGGUACAAUUCUAUAAAUGCAGAAAGAUAAUUUGUUUGUUCGACAUGGUGGGAUCUUUUUGUGUCUGUAAAAUUAAUUAUGCGAGAAAUGGUGGUGGAAACGCCUUUAUGUGCAAACAUUGAUAUAAUAACCAUCAUAUCUAAGUAAAUUUAGAGUCACGCAAUGAUAUGGUGUGUGGUCCUCCCACUAUGACUCGGAAACCAUGCAGUUUAUUAGGCUACACAUGAAAUAAGUUAUGAUGAACUUCACAGGGUGGUGAAAGUGCAUGGUGAUCUUGAUGCUCCUUUCCAAUAAGUGUCGAGGGUCUUAUUCUGGUGACAUGAUGAUCGAUGCUUGACUGCCAUUUGACAAAUAAAAAUAUUCUCGCUCUUAUCCAUAAUAAUCUCAUCAUGUAGACUAGCCUACUCGCACAGCCUACCCGCAAUGUAUCUACGAGCUGUUGGCUAGAGCGCAGGUGCCAAGACCAAAGCAACAGUUCUUCUGACAAAACUAUCGGUAGAGAGGAAAAUGCGAUGGAAACACAUUGAACUCUAGAUUUUGAUUCGGUACAUGAAAACUUAAGUGAAACAUGUAUUUUUGUGUGCAGUAUGUCAUCACAUACUGAUUUUUGUUUGGUGGCGACACACAACUGGUGAAACAUUUGCAUAUUUUGGAAUAUUCGCAUGAUAAUUUGUCGCCAAUUAGAUGGAAACCUAGCUAGUGAUGCAAUUUCAAUGUUGUUUGACUUUCUUUGAGUUUCAACAAAUUAGCUUGAGAUGAUUUUACUGCAAAACGGCUCACUGCAUCCAAAUUUCUUGACACAGGUGUUUCAAAGAGCUGUCAGUCAAGGCAAGCUCAUGAAUAUAAGCUCCCUGCCCACUCAGGGUGUAUUUUCAAACUUUCUGGUUGUUAGCCAUGAGAGAAAAAGUAAUUUUUCUCAAAUCUGGAGCAUUUCUAUCCCCCCAAAAUAUUAUGGGUGAUAUUUUAGUCACUCAAUAGGCUAUUUUAUUUGUGACCUUUUUGUUCGGGACCUUUAAGCCCUUCCUCUAUCCCCAUCCACAACGCCCUAGCAAGCCGUGAGCCUACUCGAUGGAAAUAGGCGCUCACGUUGCCCCUAGUGACCAGUAUUGAAGGCAUCUCCCGACGUCCUGGGGACCUGGACAAACGUCUAAUACUGCAGUCUAUCUGGUUUGACCUGGCUUCUCCACUCCCACUAGCCUCCUACAUCCUGUUGAUCUUAUGAGAAAGACUGAUAAUAAAUUGAGGUCACCCUCAAUUAAACCUCCACUUUGUCACACCUUCUGCAAUCGCUGCCUCUAUCUCUGCCACUCUCAAGGUGCCCCCCUUGCCUCUUCCCUCCUCCCCUCUCUCCACCCUCCCCUCUGUCCUCCCUCCCUCCUCAGGAGAAUGGUUCCAUCACAAGCUGUUUUUAUCAGGAUCAUCGCCAUGGUAGCGCAGAGAGGAGACUGACUGUGUGUUAUUGACAAGGGACUGUGUGUGUGUGUGCGUGAGUGUGUGUGUAUGUGAGUGUGUGUGUGAGCAUGUGUGAGUGUGUUUGUGUCAGCCUAUAUGUUUGUGUUGGCCUGUGUGUGUGUGUGUGUGUGUGUGUGUGUGUGUGUGUGUGUGUGUGUGUGUGUGUGUGUGUGUGUGUGUGUGUGUGUGUGUGUGUGUGUGUGUGUGUGUGUGUGUGUGUGUGCAUGCAUGUGUGUUACACAGUCAAUAUAACCUAGGAGCAUGUUGAUUACGUAUCAAUGUGUAUUUCACCGGGCUAAUGAAGAGAGGCUUUCAGGGUCUGCUGAUUCAUUUAUCCAGAUGCAGGGAGGACUUUAUAUCACCCAGACUGAUGGACAUUUAUUAUCUCACUGUCACUGCAGAGAGGGAGGAAUAAUCUGCUGGAGUCGGUGGGUUUCUGUGUUGGUCUCAGACAGAGUGCUUUCUUGCUUUCUUUCUUUUAGAUGAUGCAUGUAUGAACUACACAUUGAAACAUCCAGCCCAAUGCAGGAGGUUUAAAAAAUACUCACUAGUCGCAAAAGUACUGUGCUUGUCUUUAAGUAUGUGCUGGCUGGCUUGUGUUGAAGAACAAUGCCUGUUGUUUGUAUGUGUUUGUGUGUGGGCGGGUGACAGGGGACAGGGCACGGGGGGCGGGUUUGUGUAGACAAAACAGACGCUGUAGGCUGCAUCCCAGUGAGUCCACAGUGCCACCUCAACACCCACAAUGCGGUCCUUCACACCCCCAGAACCCCACAGCAUUCCUGCCACCAGACCAGAUGCUCCCCAACCCCUCUCUCGCUCUCUCUCUCGCGCUCUCUCUCUCUCUCUUUUCUUUCUUUCUUUCUUUCUUUCUUUCUUUCUUUCUUUCUUUCUUUCUUUCUCUCUCUCUCUCUCUCUCUCUCUCUCUCUCUCUCUCUCUCUCUCUCUCUCUCUCUCUCUCUCUCUCUCUCUCUCUCUCUCUCUCUCUCUCUCUCUCUCUCUCUCUCUCUCUCUCUCUCUUUCUCCCUUCAUCUCUCUCAGGGUAUCAGGGCAGCAUGUGUGAACAGAGGGUGGACCCAUGUGCCUCCAGCCCCUGCCACAACAACGGGAGCUGCUUCCCCCAGGGUCCCGGCCUGGGCUUCGGGUGCAGCUGUGCCGCCGGCUUCACUGGCCCGACCUGUGCUCAGCUGGUGGACUUCUGUGCCCUCAAUCCCUGUGCCCACGGGAUCUGCCGCAGUGUGGGCACCAGCUACAGGUGUCUGUGUGUCCCAGGUGAGCUCUCCUGUGUUUGUAUGUGUGUGUGUGUGUGUGUGUGCGUGUGUGUGUUAGUAUGGGGGGUACUCUCCAUCUGAUCAACCUCCCAUUACCCACACUAUAGAUAAGCUGUAAGACUAGCGAACAGAUUGAUUCUCCCACAAUCAAUCAGAUAUUACAGUGAACCUGCCACAUAUAAUAUACAGUAUCAUAAAUUCGCAUUGUUACUACUCAUCAUUCCCCAACCCACCCCAGUGAUAUCAUUGAUGCAGACACACAGUGGGUAAUAUGAUGCCCAUGACUGACAUGUCAUGCAUGCUAAUUGAUCAUGCCACUGGUUUUUAUGGCUCCAUGCUCAGAUUAAUGGUAUGGAAUGAUAACAAAUCCUUAUCCCUUAUUCAACAAUGAAUUGAAAUCAUUUCAAUUACUUUAGCUGGGCUUGAUUGAGCUUGCCUGGUACAAGGGAACCAAUAGAAUAGUCACAAAAUUGCAAACCCCGCCCAUUUGGCACUCCAGGCAGGCUAAAACAAAAAGUAAUAUUUGGAAAGAUUUCAAAUAGUAUUUGAACCCAGGUAUGGGUGUGACUGCAGGAGAACGACCCUAUCAGUAGAAGCAUCAACAGUGUGACAGGCUGCUCCUCCUCCUUAUCAGUUUUUCCUAGAGUUCCCUUUAUAUAUCUUUCUGUCUUUCAGUUUUCAUUUUGAUUUAAUUUGCAAUCUUAGGUUGGAUGGGGAGUGAGAUACACUCUAAAUUAGUAAUGGCUGUUUUUUUGUUUUUACAGAAACAACCCAAUUCCACCAUUUUAGAUCACUUCACUUAAAAUAGUUCCUUUGGUAAUCACACUAUCGAUUCAGACUGUCCUCUAUUGUCCUCUGUAGCCAGGUACUUCUCACUGUGUUCAUACUCUUAUUAGUAUAUUCUUGUCUCAUAACAUUGCAUUAUGUUAUUUGUUCUCUCAUAGAAACAACCUCAGACCUUGCAUUGGUACAGUAUAUUCACGCAUAAUAUCUAUUUUCACCUUUCACUCUAACCUAUUCUCUGUUAUUCUCCAUUGCUCUUAAUCUCUUCCUCUCUUUGGCUUUCUGUCCCUCUCUCUCUGUCCUCCUCUCUUCUCUCUCUUUAUCUCUCUUUCCUCACCUCAUUUCCCUCUCCCCCUCCUCUGUAAUCUGGUUGCCAUGGUGAUUGAAUUUUAUUAGGAUCUCUUUUUAUUAGGUGAGACAGUUGCUUUGCGCUUCCUUCCAGACCAUUGUCUGUCUGCAGCCGUUGUCUGACUACACAAGUUGGGCAGAUGAUGCCGUCCAGUCACACAUCUCCAUCCAGACAGCCCUCAUCUAACGGGAAUGAUGUCAUUGGUCAUUCGCAAUCAGACUCGUUUAAGGAAAUAAUUGACGUUUUCUCCUGUUCAUCAAUAUGCCAGCUGGUGUCUGCAUCUUCUACGAGGAGAGGGGGCUGUGAGGGAUCUGAUAUAUACUCUAGUGGAUCCCAGGCUCCCUGUAUUCAUAUCAGACAGAGGAGAGUCAGACUAGCCAGAGGAAAUGGGUCAGGGAGUCUGGGAAAGGCACUUGACAUUUCACUGGCUUUUUAUGAGAACCUCUGGGAUUUAUCAAGGCUUACUUUGUAUGUAAAUGUUUCCUCUCAUGGUAAACGACAAACACAUGCACUCACCAGCAGACAGCCAGACACACACUCACACACGCAUUACACAUACCGACAUGUCUAUACUCAGUAUGGUAGCUUCUGCUUGUAUACUCUGAAGAAAGAACACAAUGUCCUACAUCAACUCUGUGAUUCUGUCAAUCGCUGUGUUCUGACCUUGGGCUUAUACUGCUUCUCUUUCAUUGGUAAAAACACCAAGACCCACAGUUCUCAGUCCCAGUGCAAACCUGCCACCCAGUGGGAACUGGAGUGUACUGCAUUUAAUAGACUUCACUAACAGUCAUGGCUGAAUCAUGGCUAACCAUAGAAUUACAUCUAUCAUUAAUUUAAUAGGAUGUCUGUGGAUGUAACAUCCACAAGGUUUUGCCAUAGUCAUGUAGGCAAACAAAUGCAUUGACUUGAUCGAUCUAAGUGAUAAUAUCUAUAUAGAAAUAAAGGCACAUUCAACUACUUUUAACUCACCCUUUAAAAACAUCUCAUAAAAAAUAUGAUAUGUGCUGAGAAGUGUAUCACCAUGAUCUUCUCGUUAGUGAUAUCUAAACGUAAUCAUUACUUGAACUGUCAUCUAAUAUUAUGAUCAAAGACAGUGUGACUUUAUGUGUGUGUGUGGUGUGUGUGUGUGUGUCUCCCAGGUUACCAUGGUCUGUACUGUGAGGAAGAAUACAAUGAGUGUCUGUCAGCCCCCUGCCAGAACUACGCUACCUGCAGAGACCUCAUCAACGCUUACGAAUGUGCCUGCACUCCCCAGUAUGAAGGUAGGUGUGUGUGUGUGUGUGUGUGUGUGUGUGUGUGUGUGUGUGUGUGUGUGUGUGUGUGUGUGCGUGCGUGUGUGUGUGUGUGUGUGUUGAUUUCAAUCCAAUGUGACUGACAACUCAAUGUGGACAGUUUUAAGUAUAUGUUAUCCUGGGGUGGGCUUGUGUGAUGAUGCUGGUACUGCAAUAUGUACAGUGAGGGAUUAAAGGGACGAUGGACGGCGCCAUGUACUGUCAAAUCUUGGGUGAGAACCUCCUUCCCUCAGCCAGGGCAUUGAAAAUGGGUCGUGGAUGGGUAUUCCAGCAUGACAAUGGCCCAAAACACACGGCCAAGGCAACAAAGGAGUGGCUCAAGAAGAAGCACAUUAAGGUCCUGGAGUGGCCUAGCCAGUCUCCAGACCUUAAUCCCAUAGAAAAUCUGUGGAGGGAGCUGAAGUUUCGAGUUGCCAAACGUCAGCCUCGAAACCUUAAUGACUUGGAGAAGAUCUGCAAAGAGGAGUGGGACAAAAUCCCUCCUGAGAUGUGUGCAAACCUGGUGGCCAACUACAAGAAACGUCUGACCUCUGUGAUUGCCAACAAGGGUUUUGCCACCAAGUACUAAGUCAUGUUUUGCAGAGGGGUCAAAUACUUAUUUCCCUCAUUAAAAUGCAAAUCAAUUUAUAACAUUUUUGACAUGCAUUUUUCUGGAUUUUUUUGUUGUUAUUCUGUCUCUCACUGUUCAAAUAAACCUACCAUUAAAAUUAUAGACUGAUCAUUUCUUUGUCAGUGGGCAAACGUACAAAAUCAGCAGGGGAUCAAAUACUUUUUUCCCUCACUGUAUGCUAAUUCGAUGAGUUUAUACAGCCUGUUUUUUUAUAAAUGUAUCCAUAUAAGUGAUUGUAUGUUGUCAACAGUAUGUGUUUGUGUUAUAUAUUGCGAGAUAGUGUGCUGUCUUGGUGUAAACUGUCAUAUGUAGAGCAGACCUGGGUUCAAAUACUAUUUGUAAUCGUUUCAGAUACUUAUGCUGUGCUUUAAUGUGCUUGUCUGUUGCAAUGAGCCAAUACAAAAGUCCUAAAAGUGCAAACACAGCCCCCCUGGCACUCCAGACAGGCUAAAGCAAAUGCUUAAAGGGUUUGAAAUAUUUCCAAUGGUGUUUGAACCCAGGUCUGUAGAGAGUACUGUGUGAGUGUCAUUAAUGGGCCAUAUGUGUGUGUGCCCGUGCAGGCAGACAUUGUGAGCUCUACAGGGAUCCUUGUCUGAAGGCUCACUGUCAGAACGGAGGACACUGUGAGAGUGUGGGCCUCAAUGCCACCUGUGUCUGCCCACCUGGUUACCUGGGUGAGCAUUUAAACUCUGUGUGUGUGUGUGUUUUGUGUGUGCAUGCAUGUGUGCAUGCGUGUGUGUGUGUGUGUGUGUGUGAGAGUACACAUGUCUGUCACCCAGUCUAUCAUAGUAGGCCUUGGGGGCACAGGUGGGAGUAGGCUGUUCUGACUAGGGAGCAAAGCCCCUCUGAACCGUUUGAAAGUAUACCUGUACCUGCUGUUCCAGUUAAACAUAAUCGGUUAUAACUAUCGGUUAUCUCAGGGGAAGACUGUGAGGUUGAUGUCAACGAGUGUGAGAGCAAUCCCUGUCAUCACGGAGGAACCUGCAUCGACCAAUCAAAUGCCUACACCUGCCACUGCCCCCCAGGCUGGGUAGGGGCCAGCUGUGAGAUACGUAAGUACAUUACCCAGAAUCCCCUUGUUGAGGGAGUAAAUUAUGAAAUAUGAUUACAUGUACAUGCCUUUCUUAGGUUAUUCAUAACAGUCUGUCUGUCUGUCUGUCUGUCUCCCUCUCUCUCAAUUCAAUUCAAUUCAAUUCGCUUUAUUGGCAUGACGUAACAAUGUACAUAUUGCCAAAGCUUACUUUGGAUAUUUACAAUAUAAAAAUAAAUAAAAAUGAGAAUCAAAAAUUGUCAACGGGACAACAGUAACAACAAUAACCAACGGUCAAUAUAACCAUACAUUCAACAAUAACAAUAAUCAUACAGUUGAGGACAUGUGCAGGUUUAUUGGUCUGUCAGACACUGUCCCUCAACUUAUGGCAGGCAGCAAUGUAGUGCGCUGCCAACCCACAGCUCUCUGCGUCCUCCCCCAACAGGAUGGGUAGCCUAUCCUCAUCAGAGAGGUCUUUAAAACCUUGAAUAAGGAUUUCAAAUUUGGGGAAAUGACACUCUCUAAUUGUUUUAUAUUUUUUACAUUUUGUCAGGAAAUGCAGCUCCGUCUCAGGUUCUGCUGUUGUGCAGUGGUUGCACAGCCUUUCCUCUACAGGGAGCCAGGUUUUCCUGUGUCUACCCUUCUCAAUGGCAAGGCUGUGCUCACUGAGCCUGUACUUUGUCAAGGUUUUUCUAAGGUUUUGAUCAGUAACCAUGGUCAAAUAUUUAGCCAUAGUGUACUGUCGAUUUAGGGCCAGAUAGCACUGCAUUUUGCUUUGUGUUUGUGCUUGUGUUUCCCAAUAAGCAAUGUAGUUUUGUUUUGACUGUGUUGUAAUUUGGUUUAUUCUGAUUGAUUGGAUGUUCUGGUCCUGAGGCUUCAGUGUGUUAGUAGAACAGGUUUGUGAACUCAGCCCCAGGACCAGCUGGAUGAGGGGACUCUUUUCUUUGCUCAGCUCUUGGCAUUGCAGGGCUUGGUAAUGAUAUGAGAGGGGGUCACUGUAUUUUAGAUGUUUCCAAAACUUAAUUGCUCUUUUUUGAGUUUUUAUUAUUAGUGGAUAUUGGCCUAAUUCUGCCCUGCAUGCAUUGUUUGUAGUUUUCCUCUGGACACGUAGGAGAAUCUUACAGAACUCUGCAUGUAGGGUUUCAAUGGGGUGUUUGUCCCAUUUGAUGAAAUCUUGUUUUGCAAGUGGACCCCACACCUCGCUGCCAUAAAGUGCAAUUGGUUCAAUGACAUAUUCAAUUAGUUUUAGCCAAAUUUUAAUAGGUAUUUCAAUUUGAAUUUGCUUUUUAAUGGCGUAGAAUGCCCUGCGUGCUUUCUCUCUCAGUUCAUUCACUGCCUCAUUAAGGUGUCCAGUUGAGCUUAUUUUUAAACCUAAGUAAUUGUAGUGUGUACAGUACUCUAUAUAUUUUGUACCAAUUGAGAACUUUGGUCUAAUUCCCUGAGAUCUGGAUCUUCUCUGGAAAAUCAUUAUUUUAGUCUUUUUGGGGUUUACUGCCAGGGCCCAGGUCUGGCAGUACUGCUCUAGCAGGUCCAGGCUCUGCUGUAGGCCAGGUGCUGUGGGUGACAGCAGGCAUAGGUCAUCUGCGAAGAGUAGGCAUUUAACUUCUGAAUUGUGGAGACUAACACCAGGGGCUGAGGAUUUUUCUAGAAUAGUGGCCAAUUCGUUAAUGUAAAUAUUGAAGAGUGCAGGGCUCAGAUUGCAACCCUGACGAAGGCCCCGCCCCUGGUUAAAGAAUUCUGUCCUUUUCUUACCAAUUUUAAUGCUGCACGUAUUGCCAGUAUACAUUGAUUUAAUUAUGUCAUAUGUUUUACCCCCUACACCACUUUCAAUAACUUUGUAGAACAGUCCUGUAUGCCAAAUAGAAUCAAAUGCUUUUUGGAAGUCGAUAAAGCAAGUGUAUAUUUUGGUAUUAUUUUGGUGGACAUGUUUAUCUAUCAGGGUGUGUAAGGUGUAAAUAUGAUCAGUUGUGCGAUGUUUUGGUAUAAAUCCAAUUUGGCUUUUACUCAAGACAUUGUGCUUAUUAAGGAAGUUUAGAACUCUUACAUUGAUGAUACUACAGAAAACCUUCCCCAGGUUACUGUCUCUCUCUCUCUCUCUCUCUCUCUCUCUCUCUCUCUCUCACUGUCUCUCUCUCUCUCUCUCACUGUCUCUCUCUCACUGCUCUCCUCCUCUCUCUCUCUCCCUCUCUCUCUCUCCUCUUCUCCUCUCCUCCUGUCUUGUCUCCCUCCCUCCCUCUCUCGUCUUCCUGUCUGUCUGUCUGUCUGUCUGUCUGUCUGUCUGUCUGUCUGUCUGUCUGUCUGUCUGUCGGUCUGUCUGUCUGUCCUGUCUGUCCUGUCUGUCCUGUCUGGUCUGUCUGUCUGUUUCGUUCUGUCUGUCUGUCUGUCGUCUGUAUGUCUGUCUGUCUGUCUGUUCUGUCUGUCUGUCUGUCUGUCUUCUCUAUCUCUCUCUCUCUCUCUCUCUCUUUCUCCCUCUCUGUCUCUCUCUCUCUCUCUCUCUCUCUCUCUCUCUCUCUUUCUCCCUCCCUCUCCCUCCCUCCCUCUCUGUCUCUCUCUGUCUCUGUCUCUGUCUCUCUCUCUCUCUCUCUCUCUCUCUCUCUCUCUCUCUCUCUCUCUCUCUCUCUCUCUCUCUCUCUCUCAGACUUGCAGUGGAAGACGGCCCACCCCGAGGGACACCCUGACCAACAUGCCGCGUCACUCCCUCUACAUCAUCAUCGGCGCCCUGUGUGUGGCCUUCGUCCUCAUGCUCAUCAUCCUCAUCGUGGGCAUCUGCCGCAUCAGCCGCAUCGAGUACCAGGGCUCGUCUCGCCAUGCCUACCAGGAGUUUUACAACUGCCGCAGCAUCGACAGCGAGUUCAGCAACGCCAUCGCCUCCAUCCGCCACGCCAGGUGAGACGGCACAAAGCUCUUUGAACUAGUCACACCUCAGGGUAGACUAGGCUUGCUAACUAUGAGUAUACAAGUGCCCCAACAUUGUUAAUAUAUAAUGUAUUAAUUUGAUUCAGACAUUAGAAACACCUCCUGUUAUAGCUUUACUGUUUACCGGGAGAUAAAGGCCCAUUCAAGAUUCACGUUUUUAAUGUCAAGUACAGUGAAAUGCCUUUCUUGCAAACUCAAAACCCAACAAUGCAAUAAUCAAUAACAAUGUAACACUAGAACAAACAUGAGAUAAAGGCCCAUUCCGGUAGAUUUCAGGCCAAACUGGGAAGGUUGCCAGCACUAGGGUAUACUCACCUGUAAUACACUGUGGGUAAAUGUGUAAUACCUCUCUUACAACACCAUAUUCAUAUUACUCUGUUUGUAACAUGUAACAUCUCCUUUAUAACACUACACUCAACUGUCACCUGUAUUUAGUUCUCAACCUAGCAACUCUACACUUGAAACAUUAGGAACUGUCUUGCAUGUAGCUAGCUGUCCUACCUGAAGUGAUGUUCCAUUUAUGUGUUUUCUUCUCAUCUCUCAGAUUUGGGAAGAAGCCCAGGCCGGCCAUGUACGACGCCACACCCAUCACCUACGAGGACUACAGCCCUGACGACAAGCCACUGGUCACUCUGAUCAAAACAAAAGAUUUGUAGAAAACACAGCAGCAACACACCCACCCACACACAGUAUCACUCAUAACCUGUUCACACAUAGAACUAACUGCACAUGUUCAGACGUGCACCAAUACACACAAACUCAGUUAAUGCAAACGAUUUAGUAUUUCUUUAGAUACAAAUACAUUUAAAAAAUAAAAAUAACAAUAGUUCUGUGGGAAGAAAAAUACAAAUCUGGAAUUUGAUACAUCUAUUUUACUGUUGGAAUAUCCAUAAAGCUACUGUAGCAUAAGAGCAUACCUUGCAUUAUUUUAGUAGGUGUUGGGUGAUAUUGCCAUGUUGUUUGCUUCUUCUCUCCAGUAGAAUGUGACUACAUUACCCAGGAUGCCAUUGGGGUCCUAGAGGGGGCGGUUCCUGACAUCCCCCACCAACCCAUGAGCUCAGUUUAAAGUGUAGAUUCAGCAGAGGCUGCUGAUAGGAGUUCUUACAGGUGUGGUAGAAAUAGGCGCACUUGUUAUAGUGCAGUACGAUAUAUAUAUCUUUCUAUAUUAAAAAUCUGCAGUAGGUUACCUUACUUGGUGCAUGGGUAGAUUCAAUGGUUUCUGCAUAAUUUUGAAACCCUCAGUACAUUGUGGUUGAUUUACUGUAUCUUUGCCAGAUUUGUGCCAAAAUCGUCUCCUUCUUCAGGCAACAACGUGUGGUAGAGGUAGAAGAGAUGUAUAAAACCACUAUGGGGGAAGCUUUAAAACAGGUUUUUUUUAAACAUUGGUUGUCAUAUUUUUGUUAUUUACAUGCAAGUUCUGUACAAAUAAAGGAGGAGUAAUAAUUGUAUUCCCUAAAUGAGGACAGUGUUUUUCCGCAGGAGUGGUCGGAGUAGCCAGUGGGCGGGUCUUAUGUGGAUGACUGACAGGUGGGGUGAGCGGGUCUUGUGUGGAUGAUUGACAGGUGGGGGUCUGCUGGUGGGUCUGCUCCAGUAAUAUAUGUGCUUAUGUGUCCCAGGUAUAGGUGUCUCUCUCUGUCUGUGUGCGGUUGUGUUGUUCCACUCAGGGUCAACCCCUGGGUGCAUUCGUUUUGGGGCGCCGGAUGGGCAGUACAUUUUAGACCAUUCCAUUGGUU